GUUUACCCGCCCCCUCUUCUAGCUAUUCAGGAAGUUGUCAAUAAUUGGUCAGGCUCCAGUUAAUGCAGUGCUGAACUUGGUUCCUGUGGUCCCAAGGUUACACAACUCACAUUUUUAUUGCCACAAGCAACGUCGUCUUUUGCAAGGGAAAAUAUUAUUUAUUUCGCCAUGAAUCCUGACAUAACUAGAGAGCGUGAGAACGCUACAUUUAACGUGGAGAAACUCACACAUAUUCUGGAUGGAGGCAUCGAGAAGACCAAAAGAAGAAGAGAAAUUGAGUCACUGGUGAUCAGUGACCCAGACUUCCAAAGUGAGGACCUCAACUUCCUGUCCAGGAGCGAGCGAUAUGAUGCCGCGGUGAAGAAGAGUGCCCAGAUGAUCCUGAAGCUCAGAGAGUAUGGCAUCUCAGACCCUGAGGAAAUCUACUGCUACAAGAGCUGUGUGCACCGUGGGCGGUCGGAGCCGCUGGACCUCCACCUGGCAAUGUUCCUGCCCACCUUGCUGAACCAGGCCAGUCCUGAGCAGAUGGAGACAUUCUUCAUACCCGCCUGGAACCUGGAGAUCAUCGGCACCUACGCACAGACAGAGAUGGGCCACGGCACCCACCUCAGGGGGCUUGAAACCACGGCAACAUAUGACCCGGCCACCCAGGAGUUUGUCCUGAACAGCCCGACCAUCACCUCCAUCAAGUGGUGGCCUGGGGGACUGGGUAAGACAUCUAACCACGCCAUAGUUCUGGCCCAGCUCCACACCCAGGGGAAGUGUCACGGCCUGCACGCCUUCAUUGUACCUCUCCGCAGUAUGAACACACACAUACCACUGCCAGGUGUGGUGGUAGGGGACAUAGGACCCAAGUUUGGCUUUGAUGAGGUUGACAAUGGUUACCUGAAAUUGGAGAACGUACGAAUUCCUCGCGACCACAUGCUGAUGAAAUAUGCAAAGGUGGAGGCAGACGGUACGUACGUGAAGCCUCCCAGUGCCAAGCUGACCUACGGCACCAUGGUGUUCAUCAGGUCCAUGAUCGUAGGGGAAGCGGGCCGCGCCCUCGCCAAGUCCUGCACCAUCGCCAUUCGCUACAGUUCCGUACGGCACCAGUCUGAGAUACGCCCAGGAGAGCCGGAGCCCCAGAUCAUGGACUACCAGACCCAACAGUACAAGCUGUUCCCCCUGCUGGCUACAGCAUAUGCCUACAAAUUUGUGGGUCAGUACAUGAACCAGGUCUACCACCGCAUCACUGGAGACAUCAGCCAGGGAGACUUCAGUGAACUACCAGAGCUCCAUGCCCUGUCCGCGGGCCUGAAGGCCUUCACCACAUGGACGGCCAGCGAGGGCAUCGAGGUGUGUCGCAUGGCGUGUGGCGGGCACGGCUACUCCCGCUGCAGCGCCCUCCCAGACAUCUAUGUUAACUUCGUGCCCACGUGCACCUACGAGGGAGAGAACACCGUCAUGAUGCUGCAGACCGCUAGGUUCUUGAUAAAGAGCUACCGGCAGGCGUCGGCAGGCCACCAGCUGAGUGGCAUCGUGUCCUACCUGAACGAGUCAGAGCGUAGGCUGCAGCCCCAGUCUGUGUCCUCCCGACCCACUGUAGUCAACGUCAAUGACCUGGCCAGCCUUGUGGAGGCUUACAAACUGCGAGCUGCCAAGCUGGUUGAGUUGGCAGCUAAGAGUAUUCAGCAGGAGCUACAGAAGAGAGUCAGUCAGGAGGAUGCCUGGAACAACAGCGCUAUAGACCUGGUCAGAGCCUCUGAUGCCCACUGUCACUAUGUGGUGGUGAAGCUGUUUGCAGCUAAGCUGGGGGAGAUAGGAGACACGGGUGUUCACUCUGUCCUCAGUACCCUGGCCCUGCUCUAUGCCCUCCAGGGCAUCCAACAGCACAGCGGAGACUUCCUCCAGACUGGUCUCCUGAGUGUGCCCCAGCUCUCCCAGGUGUCCCAGCGUCUGAAGGAGCUUCUGGCCCAGCUGAGGCCCAACGCCGUGGCCCUUGUGGACGCCUUCGACUACUGCGACGAAAUGCUCAAUUCCGUCCUGGGACGCUACGACGGCAACGUCUAUGAGCACAUGUUCGAGUGGGCCCGCUGCUCACCUCUCAACAAGACAGAGGUCCACGAGUCCUACCACAAGUACCUGAAACCUCUGCAGGCCAAGCUGUAAAAUGACCCCUGAGCCUUCUCACCUGACCCCUCCACUACAGGGACAGGAAGCACACUAACAACACUAAUCCAAAAGUGGGACCACAACAUGGCCGCCGCCGCCCGUCCACCAAUCGGAAGGGGCUCAUUCCACCCGCCCCUUCUGUGUUUAACCAACCACAGGUGGUGGAACAUUUUUAAAGGGGAACCAUUGGAGACCAGCCUCCUUACUCCACCUCUACUGAUGUGCUGCUAAUGAAUCAAUCAUUCCACUGGACGUAUUAAACUAGUACUUUAGUUUAUGAGUUUGAUAUACCCUGUGCCUAGUUAAUGGAUUUAAUCGAAAGGUCUAAGAAAACAUAAGAUGGCGAGGAAGCAAAACUGUAGUUGGCAUGCAAGGUGGCCUAAAGAUGAAGGGGUUUUAAUGACUGAUCCUUGUGAUCUAAUCAAGCUCUUUGGAUCAUGUACAUUGCAAAUCUCUCGAUUUGUUGAAUCCCAUUUUUAAUCGGGAUCAUUUCUAAUCAUGCAUGUCACAGUAUUAGCUAAUGUACUGUGGAUGGUUUGUCUUUAGUGGUGGGUGACUGGUCAGUUGUGGUUUGCAAUGAACCAAGGUGUGCGUGUUUCUUGUCUCGGUGUGAGAGAGUUUGUGGUUGUGGGGUAAUGAAUAUGAUUAGUGAAUAACGAGUUGAUGAGUAAGCUAUACCAGUGUGUGAUUCUGAUACUAGUGAUUUGAGAAAACGGGCCUUUCAAUUCUUGCACUUAAUACAAACCACUAGUGUAUAUAUGCCUGAGGAUCUUUUCUACCAUGUGGGGCUUAAUUACCAAGAAAUGACAUGAAAAUCAAACUAGCUUGAAGAACAAGGUCGUAUUCAUUAGGGCACACUGUGGUAAAACGUCUUGCAAAUGGCUAGAAAAAAAGAGGUUCUUAUAGGACAAGUCCAGAUAGUCCCCCCAUCUGUUUCAGUCAGUUUUCUUUCAUUUGGUGCCUGUUGAAUACAACCCUGAUGUUGCAUUUGGAACAAGUACAUUCUUCAGUACAAUGAAAUAAGUAUUUUUAUACUCGAUUACUGCUGUUGACUUUUACAGUAUGUUGCAGAUUGAUACAUGAUUGAUACAGUUUCAAAUGGACCGAAGCAGUAAUUACUGUUUGUGGGGAAAUGAUGUGCCAUUGGAAUAUGUUCUACUUUAAUGAAGCUGACAUGGUAGUAUUAUCACACAUGGUCCAUGUGUAUAUUUUAGAAUAUGCUUUAUCAAUUUAUUUUGUGGAUUUUCGUUGCAAUAGAAGGAUGUAUGAUUAUUAUUUCAUUGUAGCUACUGAAUUUUUGUUUUAACACAUUUUUGUGAUCGUAUAGGAAAUCCAUUCAGACUGAUUGUUUUAAAAGUGAAUAAUUUGUCAUGCUUAAUGAUCUUAGUAAAAAAAAAAAAAAAUGGAAAUAUUAAAAACUAUCAAAUGAUGUUCAUGGUUUCGUUCAACAUCGUUUCAUAGACUGCCAGAAGCAACCACUAGAUGGUGUUAUGAAAUCAGACUUUUUUUCCUAAAUCAGAGUCAUGUUUUUUCAUAACAUUUUUACAUUUUAUUUCAGUGGAAUAGAUUUAGGAGAACCAAUUCUACAAAUGGAUGGAGGAUAAAGGAUUGAGUGUAAUCAUUCAUAAGAUUAUGAAGAGACUAUAUUAAAGAUUAUAAGGAGCACAUUAGAUUAUAACACUGCAAUGCAUCUGAUUCAGAAAAUUUUACCUUUUAGGAAAUGAACAUGUACUUUUACAAUAAAUCAAUGCAUUCUAUUUAAAA